ACGUUAUUCGUGCUCCGUUGGUCUUGUAGUGUAGACGUUCGUUGUUCGUAACACGCGCUCGUUUAUUAUAACGAAAUCGUUUUCGCAGUCUCGUACUCCUUUUCAUCUUUUUGUCGUCCUUGUACGCACAAAAAAAAGAGAUCAUUGUUCGUCAACGCCUAAAGCCGUAGUUUUUUUCUGGUGAUUUUUAAAGUGGGUUUAUUUUAAACGUUUUCGUUUUUAUUUGGUGCUUUUUAUCUAUUUUGUUGUAUACCAUCACUAAAAUAUAAAACAUGAAACGGGAAGCUGAUCUUGACAUGGGGGCUCCACAAAAAAGGACACGACGUGGAGAUGAGGAGUUGCGUUUGUUAAUUCCAAGUAAAGUUGCAGGUUCCAUAAUUGGAAAAGGUGGUCAAAACAUCACGAAGUUAAGAAGCCAGUACAAAGCCUCGAUUACUGUCCCUGAUUGCCCUGGCCCUGAACGGAUGUUGACGCUCUCUUCCGAUUUAGAGACCAUUUGUAGCAUCGUCCAUGAUGUCGUACCGAAUUUGGAAGAGAACGGGAGUAAGAUGUCUGGUGGAGAACUGGACUUGCGAAUGAUGAUCCAUCAAAGUCAAGCAGGUUGCGUCAUUGGAAAAGGGGGAAAUAAAAUCAAGGAAAUUAGAGAUAAAACCGGCGCCAGGAUCAAAAUCUUUUCCAAUUGGGCACCUCAAAGCACCGAUAGAAUCAUUCAAAUCAUCGGGGAACCGACGAAAUGCGUUGAAACCAUUCGUGAAAUUAUCACUUUGAUUAAAACCAAUCCGAUAAAGGGACCUGUAUCUCCAUACGAUCCUCACCAUUACGAUGAUUUCUAUGCUGAUGAAUAUGGUGGUUAUGGUGGUGGUUCAAACCAAGAUAGAAGAGGUGGAGGUGGUGGACCUGGUGGUAACAGAGGUCCAAGAAAUGAUAGAGAUGGCGGACGCUUUAAUAACGGCCGUUCAGGUCCUCCUUCAGGUCGUGGUGGUCCCAUGGGUGGUGGAGGAGGAGGAGGUGGAGGAAGUUAUCAUGAUAGAAGUAUGAGUGGUGAUCCACCACAAUCAAGAAGUGGUAACUAUGGAAAUGGGCCCCCGCGAAUGAAUGGUUCCGGUUAUGCACCUCCGCACCAAAGGAAUAACGGUUGGGGAAGUCCGAUAAAUGGCGGAGGCAAUCAGGGUAACGGAAUGAUGAAUAGCGCCCCGCCGAAUAUAAUGUCGGGAAAUAUGAGUCAUCCAGUUAAUACUUCUGGUAACGGAAUGUCUCCUAAUGGAAGAUCAUCUACUCAAGUUACGAUACCUAAAGAUCUUGCUGGUGCAAUAAUUGGUAAGGGUGGUGGAAGAAUUCGCAAAAUUAGACAAGAUUCCGGUGCAGGUAUCACCAUUGAUGAACCUCUUCAGGGCUCAAACGAGCGUAUAAUAACGAUCACCGGGAUGCCGAAUCAAAUACAAAUGGCUCAAUAUCUCCUACAACAGAGUGUUCAUAAUAAUGCAGAACGCAACAGUUAUUAAGGACCAGUAAUAUUUUAACAACAAAAGUUUAAUUGAAGAUUAAAAGAAAUUAAAAAAAAAAAAACUAACACCAACAACAAGUAUCUUAUUAUAUAUCACAACCUGUAAAAA